AUGGGAGCGUACAAGUACGUGUCGGAGCUAUGGAAGAAGAAGCAGUCAGACGUCAUGCGCUUUCUGCUGCGCGUGCGCUGCUGGGAGUACCGCCAGCUGCCCUCCAUCAUCCGCGUCUCGCGCCCCACUCGCCCUGACAAGGCUCGCCGCCUCGGAUACAAGGCCAAGCAGGGUUACGUGGUGUACCGCGUGCGCGUGCGCCGUGGCGGCCGCAAGAAGCCCGUCGCCAAGGGUAUCGUGUACGGCAAGCCGAAGAGCCAGGGAGUGACGCAGCUCAAGUUCCAACGCAACAAGCGCGCCGUCGCGGAGGAGCGCGCUGGCCGCCGCCUGGGGGACUGCGCGUGCUCAACUCCUACUGGGUCAACCAGGACUCGGCGUUCAAAUACUACGAGGUGA